AUUUUCCUUCCUUGCCAGCAUUGCUGUGUUUUUUGCCUUAGCUCAGCUCCCAGCAAACUCAGGUACAGCAACCCUGCAACCACAGCCCCCAAUAUUCAAAUCCCUAACCUCUCGAAUAUGUCUUCCAAUUCGUGAAUUCAAAGGAAUCUCUUUCCUUUCUAACUACUUUUUUUCUUCUUCUUUCUCCAUCUUCAUAAUCAUUUUCAUACCAAACGCUGCUUCUUAUUAUUUUUUUUUCUUUUCUUUUUGCUUCAGUCGAACUCAACAAAUACCCUUCUCCCUCUUCUUCCCUUUCCAUUUCUCUAUCUCUGAUAGCUCUGAUUUCGCUCUCUCCCUCAGAAUUCGAACUGAGUUAGGGAGAGAGAGAGAGAGAGAGGGGAGAGGAAAGGAAAUGAUGAAGCUCUCGGCCCUUCAGCAGAGCUACCUGAACCGCCGGCCGGGGAGCUUCAGGGGAGCGGCUCCAUUAGAUUCGUCGGCUGACGGCGCGAUUAAGUCGCCGGCGGCGGUGUUCUGGCUCGUCCUCCAUGGACUCUGCUGCCUCAUCAGUCUCGUCCUCGGGUUCCGCUUCUCCCGGCUGGUCUUCUUCUUCAUCUUCUCAACAUCCGUCACCACCAACACGAAUCACUUCAUGGCGCCCUUCCGCCAGCUCGCCACCACCACUGCUUCCGAUGUGGCGUUCAAUUUGCCGUCGAAUCCGGCUUCUGGCGGCGGUGUUGGAGAUGCGGCGCUUAACAGGACUAGAGUUGUGGUCGGUCGUCACGGGAUCCGGAUCCGGCCCUGGCCGCACCCAGACCCAAUCGAGGUCAUGAAGGCGCACCAGAUAAUUGAGAGGGUGCAGAUGGAGCAGCGGAAUCAGUUCGGGGUGAAGAACCCGAGGACCGUCAUCGCCGUCACGCCGACCUACGUGCGGACCUUCCAGACCCUGCAUUUGACCGGCGUCGUUCACUCGCUGAUGCUCGUCCCUUACGAUGUCGUCUGGAUCGUCGUGGAGGCCGGUGGAGUCACUAACGAGACCGCUGCGAUCAUUUCGAAAUCCGGUGUGAAAACCAUCCACAUCGGGGUUGAUGAGAAAAUGCCCAACACGUGGGAAGGACGCCAUAAAUUGGAGGCCAAAAUGCGGCUUCGAGCUUUGAGGGUUGUGAGGGAUAAGAAGCUGGAAGGGAUUGUGAUGUUUGCGGACGAUAGUAAUAUGCACAGUAUUGAACUCUUCGAUGAAAUUCAGAGUGUGAACUGGUUUGGUGCGGUUUCCAUUGGUAUUCUUGCUCAUUCAGGUGGCGCCGAGGAGUUAUCAUCAUUUGCAACGGUUGAGAAGGAAGUAGAAGAGAAAGAGAAGAAGCAGGCAAUCCCUGUUCAAGGUCCUGCCUGUAAUGAAUCUAGCAAAUUGGCUGGUUGGCACACCUUUGAUCCACAGCCGUAUGAAGGGAAUAACGCGAUUUUUAUAGAUGAUAGAGCAACCGUGCUGCCUAUGAAGCUGGAGUGGGCUGGGUUUGUGUUGAAUUCGAGGUUGCUAUGGAAGGAUAAUGAAGAUAAGCCUCACUGGGUUAGGGAUUUAGAUUCCGUGGUUGAUGGUGAUGAUAUAGAGUCUCCUUUAUCUCUAUUGAAGGAUUCUUCAAUGGUGGAACCACUUGGAAGCUGUGGCAAACAAGUUUUACUUUGGUGGCUUCGAGUUGAAGCUCGUACAGACAGCAAGUUCCCUGCUGGGUGGAUAAUCGACCCACCACUGGAAAUCACCGUGCCAUCAAAACGAACGCCAUGGCCAGACGCUCCUCCGGAACUCCCUUCCGACAACGAAAAGGCAGUGAACAACAUGGAAGAGUCACAGCCAAUCGUUAAGCACACAAAGACGCGAUCAUCAAGAUCUAAGCGCAGAAGUAAGAGGAAGCAUGAACCAAAAACUGUGGUGGACACAAAGGAGCAGUCUGAGCAAAACUAAAUAUAGAGAACUUCCUGGCAAGAAACAUGUGAGAUCAUCGUAUUCUUGCUGCUUUGCACCUGAAACUUCCGGCCUCUCUAUCAGAGAUACAUGAUGAAGCUGAGGGAGUCAUGAUGAUCAAUCAUACUGGAAGAGAAGGUAAAAACCCUUUUACAGCUUGGCGAGAUGGAGAUGUAACUUGGCCAUUCUUUUCUUUUUUACCAUUCUCUAUCAUAUUUGUUUUCUUUUUUCUUUUUGGGGGGAAGUUGUGGGCAUUUAGUAUCGUGUUAAUCAAUCUUUGUAGUCAUCCAGCUAGCUCUAUAUCUGGUUGCUGUUGUUGUUGUAGGAGAAGGAUUGUCAGGGACAGAAAAGAGGGGGAAAGGGGGUUAUAUUUGUAUGAUAUAAUGGAGAGUCGAAAAUUUUAUACAUGAAAUGAAGGGGUCUUUUGCUAUGUGGAUCUGUUACCUAAUGUUGUCGACCGAGGUUGUUGGCCGGUCGAGCAAUUGAUUUGAAUCUUUG